UGUAGCACGAGUUGUGUAGGUGUGAGGUGUGCGUUGUGCUCUCCCUCUGAAUUAGGUCUUGACACUCCAUCAAAGUCCUGUGCUAGCGCGUGCCUGUCAUUCCAAUUUCCAACAAAGUAACAUGGUAUAAUAAUUGGGAUACCUUGUGUAACUUCACGUAGAUAUGGAGGUGACGCGUGUGGUGGUGACGAGCGGCGGUGACAAGCAGCCUCUGGUGUCAUCCCCCGCCAGCCUCGCUCCCUCAUCCCCUGGCGGCAUGCCGUGCGUUCAUCAGUGCGAACAUACUAAUGGCGGUUUGCUUAAUGGAGGAGACUCUGUUCGCACAACUCACUUCCCCGCCCUCCGUCACGACUCCCCAACCAAGUGCUGUGAUGCCAGAUCCUCCCUUUCUUCACUAGGCAGCCCCACGCAAAGCCCCACCGCGAAGCACCAGCAGUCGUCGUACCCUAAAGUCCUGCACGCAUCUCCUCUCACAAAUAAAUCCACUCCGUCUCGUCGGUCCCAUAAUCCCUACUCGUCUCCAGUGGAUUCGGGUUCUUUCACUUCGCGGCAUUCCCACCCUGCCAUGCACAGCCCCAGCAACGGUAUCACCCUCAUGCCGGCCUCUCACGAUACCUCAACGAUCAUCCACGAGAAGAACAAAUCUGUAACCAUCGUGCUGGGCGAGCAGCAAGUUACUUACAGCACUCCGUCGCAUCAGGCUGUGCCGAAGGCGGCUAGCCCUCCCAAUGAUGACCAGUUCUCACUCAGCAGAGCUUCACACAUCGUGAGAAUAACAGGCGAUUCUACGGCACCUAAAAUAAAUUCAGUGACUUGCAUUGAUACAACUAAUGACGUGGAUACACUCAAGUCCAAAGCGAGACUUGACCGCGUUGUGCCCUUGCCUAACUCCUACCAUGACAAAAGCGUCACUAAUCCCAUCAUGACAAACAGCUCGAAAAAAUUGAGCUACAAUUCGACAGCGUUUACCAGCAGUGACAGCAGCCCGCACAGCAGCACCAACGGAGCCAUCAAGUCGUGGCAAGACGUGUACAGUACAGCCCACCUUCAGGAGGACGCUUGCGAGGACUGGAGACGGUCCACCUCCACCCUCGUGCCAUCCGUAAAAUUCAAGAGUGGCAAGCGCGUGACGUGGCGCGGUGUGGCGUGUCUGGUGAGCGGCGCGGCCCUCGUCGCCAGCGCCGCGGCGAUGCUCAGGCUGCCGGGACUCAUCAUCGUCUACGGCGCAGGUUCCCUGGUGCCGGUGCUGGUGGCGUGUCUGCUGCUGGUGGCGGCGCCCCUAGCGCUCCUCGAGGCGGGCCUUGCGCAGUUCAGCUCCUGCAGCGUCCUCGCCGUUUGGAGGCUCCUGCCGCUCGCCAGAGGUAUCGGCUGGAGUCUGGUGCUGCUGUGCGCGCUGUGGGGCGUCUACGCUGCGGGACUCACGGCGCCGUGGCUUCACUACUUCCUGGUCACCACCGCACCCCCUGCUGCCAUCCAGAGCGUGGAGGUCGGCAACUGCAGCUGGGCCGCCGUUGACAGCGCCGAUGCUGCGCUCCACUAUUACAGGAGCUGCGUGUACGGUACCUCUGCUGUAGGAGGCGUAGGCUUCAACUGGCCGCUGCCUGCUGGGGUCCUGGCCGUCUGCUUCUGCGCCUUCCUCGGGUCUGUGGGUGGCGUGGCUCUGCAGGCCUCCGUCUCUGGUGUCGCCCUCGCCGUCGCGCUCACAGGUGAGGUUACCCAGGGCUGCCUGGUGGGGUGGCAGCUGCUGAAGCUGCCGCGGGAGGUGUCCUUCUUACGCCUCGUCACGCCGCUUGUCACACCCAACGUCGACAUCGUAUCAUCGCCCCAGAUCUGGCUGGCGUGCAUGGGACAAUCUCUGCUCAUGCUUGGUCCUGGGACGGCACUUCUUCUCAACCACGCUUCGCACUUCCACUUUAGGUUCAGACUCAAGAGACAUAUUAGCGUGUUGACCGCGCUGAGCGUGCUCGUGACGCUCCUCGUUGCUGUCGUCACGCUGCUGCAGAUGAGCCUCAUCCGCGCCGAGGAUCCCGGCUCCCACUCCACAGUAAUUUACGCACGACGUGCCGCUCAAACUGCUCCCUCCUCCCAGUCUCCCAUCACUGCCCCCUCCUCCCACUCUUCCCGCACCGCCCCCUCUGCCCCACACCAGUUAUAUGGAGGACUACCGCAUUCCAGUGCGGCGAUUAGUUUAUUUAAAGUUCCUCUUAACCCGACAUACAAUCCUCUGGAGAGCGAGUUUGUAACAACAGGAGUACCAGAAGAAACUGAAUCUUUAAAAUUCCUCGGAGGUGAGGCAGAAGUAACCGAGCCUAUUAUCACUUCUGCAAAUUAUUCUCCUGUUAAUGUUGACCUUGAAAUGACAACUACUUCUUCUGCGUCAAUGCUCUCCGUUCUUCCCCGCUCGUCUAUACAGUCAGAAACAAGCGGAAUUGCAGCAGUCAGCUCCUCUGACUUGCUUACCUCGAGAGAAUUAAAUCAUAACGCGCUGUAUAAUAACGAUGGAACAUCGGAAUCUAAUUUUAUUGGAACGGCAGAAAUGAUUACGGAAGCUUCACCGCUCUCCACAACUUGCUUGUAUGCUUCAUCUGAGUCAGCCCUGCAGGCCUCUACGCCAGCUUCUCACAUUCCGUCGACGCCGACGAUCGACCACUGCAUCUUAAACAGCAUCAAACACGGCGCCUCUGGCCUCGGCCUGUGUGCCCACCAAGAAGUCUCAGUUGGCGGAGUGUUUCUUCUAAUGUCUCAUUCCCUGAUGUAUGAUCACGAGUCUCUGGAGUGGCUUAGGCCAGUUUUGGCUGCAAUUAUCUUGUGCGGCAUUCUGUGCUGUGGCCUGAGCUCCGUGUGUGCCACGCUAUGCGUUGCGGCGGUCGCCGGCCGCGAGAGCAGCCAAAUGACCGCACUUGUGGGCGCAGGUGUGAUGCUCCUCGUCACGCUGCUGGGGGUGGCUCCGCUAGUGGCUCAGGGAGGUCAUCAGCUCCUCUCGUUACUUGACUUGGGAGUCUUAACGCCCGCCCUCGUGUGGCCAGCAAUUCUCAUGACCCUUGCCAUCGCUGCCGCACAUGGCAUGGGCAAGAUACGGAAAGAUUUUAUUUUCAUGCUUGAAAAAGAUAUGUCUGUAGUGUGGGCAGCGUGGUGGGCAUUCGUCAUUCCUCUCUCACUCGUGGGAUUGUUUGUGUGGCAAUGCGUAGACUGGUGGAGAUUUGGUUAUGUGUAUCGCGUACACGACAUUGCGUCGCAAGCCCAAGGUAGUAAUGACGAGGCUGUGCUGGUGUUGUGGUGGCAGAUGGCGCUCAUCUGGACAUUGAGGGCGCUGCUGCUCCUGCCCAUUCCUGUCGUGGCCAUCAGAGUAAUCAACUCGCAGCUCGCAUACGGCAUCAAAGACAAGCUUGUGUCAGCCCUGCAGUCGUCGCGAGAGUGGGGCGAGUGGGGCCCUCAGGACCCCAUCGAGCAUCACAACUGGCGACGCUGGAGGGAAGACGAGACGCGGCCCUUCGCUUCACUGGAAAGGCGUCUCGCCAAUCGUCCUCUUACUUAUACUCACUCCACCCUGAGCCGUAACUCUUCGGGAGGCUCUUCUUUAUCCAAACUUAGAGCCAAGUAUCAGAAGAAGGAGCCUAUCGUUCACGCCGUUGCCACAGCUCUCUAAUAACACAGAUCUUAUUUUAGGCAAAUCAGAACCGCUUGAAAUGCACCUUUGUAGACGUAAGUCUUCCAGGUUCGCGAGCGUUAGACGGCCGUUUGAUGUGGGCAUUUUAAGUGUGGUAAUUUACUAAGGGUUAAUGUCAAUUCUUGUCUAAUCACUAAUUAUUUGACUUUACGAUUGCAAAUACUGAUGAAUCCGUACCGUGCCAAUUACUUGGAAUAAAUGUUGAAGUCAUUAACUGUAGCAUUUGUAAAUAGAAGUGUGCAUUAAUUCUGUAAAUAGUAUGAAAGUAUUGCUGAAGAAUUUACAUUAGAAAGUUUAUGCGACAAAAUUGCUAUUAAGUAUCAACUUUAUUUCCAUGACCACUCAAGUCUACGACAUCAUUAGUACUCGAUCCUUCUAAAAUUUCGUGUUUAGGAUGUAUAUUCCCUUCUACUUCAGGUUUAUCAUGUGACAUCACUGGUGAUGUUUUACUAGUGAACAAACUUUUAUGAUAGCUAUACAGAUUUGUUGCACGUUCGAAGAAGUCGCAGCCUUCUCUACGACUGGUCAGCACGUUACAUUAAAGAGCGACGAAGUCUGGCCAAGAUGUUAACUUGAUGCCGGGUAUUUUAAAUUGAUAUUCGUUCCUGUGAUAUUAAUGCAGUGAUUCAUGUUUGCUGUGCUUGAACAUAUUAACUGGCAGAGCAAACCUUCAGUGCCGAGGACAGAAUAAUGCUUGCCUCAACUGUGUGAUAUUGCUGUACUAUAUUAUUAAGUUUGUUAUAUGUUAUCUUUAUUAGUACAUACAUCGAUCUGAACGUGCCAGUCAUUAAGACAAGAUCGUGUAGACCAGCGCUCGACAUUAACUACCAUUCUAUUACAGAAAAAUACGAUUAUUUAUGUGACUUCCAACUUUUAAUAUAACUAAGAUUGUGUAGUCAUAUGGAAGCUUGUCGCUUCAGAACUUUAUCAACUUUGAAGCCGAGUCAAGAAUAAUUUUCUAGAUAUUCGAGAUACUGUAACGUUACGUCAUGAGAGCAUCGAACAUUCAUUAAGUAGCUUCAGGCAAAUAUGUUAUCAUGAUGCACUGCUAUUAUUAUCUGCUCUGUGAAGGAUCAUUUGUAAAACAAUUAAUGACAAUAAAAUUUUACUGCAAAAAGUUUCGUCCCCCACAUUAAUACAUAACAAAGGAUCAUAUAAAAACUUGACGUACAGUAAAUGCAUUAAUAUCUAAAUAUUGUACUUACUUACAUUUUAAUAGUGAAUGAAUAUUUAUGAAAUGUCGGAACUAAAAAUCCUGAUUAAAACGACGGGUUGCAUUUAUGGCAUUUAACCCUAGGUUGACUAAAAAGACUACGUAUAU